AUGCCAUCGAAUCAGACAUCUCACAAUGAUUCCAAGUGUGAUUCUUAUUAUAACCCAACCAUUGUACCAGCUCUCUACUUUUUGAUGUUCCCCAUAGCUUUGUUGCUGAACGGUGUGGCAGCCUGGGUGUCUCUGCACCUCAAGUCCACCUCUACCUUUGUGGUGUACCUGAAAAAUCUAGUAGCUGCUGACGUUAUUAUGACCUUGCUCAUUCCAAUCAAAGCUGCAAGUGACUUGCCGGGUGCAUCAAAUUUACUAUUUUCUCUGUCGUGUUAUUUGAGCACCAUUUUCUACAGCACACAGUACACAUGUAUCACUUUCCUGGGAUUUAUCAGUCUGGACCGUUUCUUCAAGAUCAUGACACCUCAGAGCAAAUUCUUCAGUCAGAAUCUGACUUUUAGCAAACUGAUUUCAGGCUCAGUCUGGGUAACACAGUUUGGAGGCACAGCUUUACCAAAUAUCAUUUUAAGUACUGAAUCAGUAGACAAUUUGACAGCGAUCCGCACUUGUAUGGAGUUGAAAGGACGGGCUGGACUUGAAUUCCAUCACACAAUUGUGAUGUUGAUAAAUGUUUUCUUCUGGAUCGUCAGCGUGGUCAUUACGGUUUGCUACAUUUGCAUUGCAAAAAGGGUUAUCCAGUCUUUUCGAAACUCCGGCAGCAAUAAUAACCAGGGAAACCAGAAGAUUAAGUUGCGUGUUUUUCUGGUAGUCAUUGUGUUUUUUGUAUCAUUUGCACCGUACCACAUUGUCAGGAUCCCGUACACUUUUGAACAAGUCAACUAUUCCUCCAGUACACCCUGUUCUCCCAUAAAAGGGAAGUUUGCCAAGGAACUCAGCCUCUGGCUUGCCAACACUAACAUCUGCAUGGACCCACUUCUCUAUGUCUUUCUAUGUCGGGAGUUCAAGGAGAAACUGAUGUCUAUGAUGAAAAAUGUUUCCAUCUCAUUUAAAGUAGCUUCAGCAGGCAAAGCAGAGGCUACUUCACCAUAG